UUGAAGAUUUAUACUUUGGUCCUUUUUGUCAUAACUGGUGGAUUUCAAGACUAUCAGAAAAAAAUAAUGAUUUUUGUUUUCUUUUUCCUAUCCAUUUACAUUCUAAAAUUUUAAUAGUUCUAAAUGAAUAUGAUUUUAUUAUUGAGGUUGGACAAUUAAAUUCACAAUUUGGACCACAUCCAAGCUAUAUCUACAAAUGUAAUGAAGUACAAAGCGAAUUAUGCGAAACACCAUCAACAGCUAUUACAACAAAUAUCUCAAUGAACUUUCAUUUCGAGUCUUUAAUUAUUCUUUUAAUAAGCUAUGAAUAUGGAUACUUGGAAUUGACAAAUCAAAUAAUAAAAAGCUUCGAAUCGAAUGAAUGCAAAAUUACAAUAUAUACGGAAAAUAAUAUUCAAACAUUUAUUGACGAUGAUUUAGAAUCAGUAUGGAGUCAAAUUAGCUGUUUAAAACAAUUUACAGACUAUCAACUUUUUGGACUUGAUCACCAAUAUGUUCAAAAGCUUAUUCGUGAAAUUCAAAUUCCUACAUGCACAUUAUCAAAUUGGAACAAUGAUGAUUUAAUGACAUCAAUAUAUAAGUACCAUCUUAAACGGCAUACCUGUGCUCAAAUAUCUUACGCUAUCAAUCGCCAUAUAUGUCUUGGUUUUGAUAUUUCUGUAGGUCAAGAUAUAGAAAAUGCUAUUAAAGGUAUUCGUGAAACCUCUGUGGCAAAUUUAAAACCAAAUCGAGACAGAGAUCUAAAUCUUGCAUGUCUCAAUCGGCAAAAUCUAGAAAAAGAACCGAUGCUAAGAGGGAUGAAAACAAAUGAAAAGGAAAAUAGAAAUAUUCUAGUGUCGGAUUUGAAAAUUCAACAAGAAAAAAAUCAAGAUACCAGAUUAGGUAGUAAUUCGGCAAUUGAUUGUGAAAUGAAGCUUAGUGUAUUAGUUGAAAUGAAUAACAAUAACGACAGUAAACCCGGAUCUAGUGCGAACACGGCCAUGAAAGUGCAAGUCGAAAAGAAUCAAAUAAAGAUUCAAUGGUUUGCACUGAGUCUAACUCUUGAUGGGCCUAUUAGCUUAAGAAAUUUGGGAG